GUACCCAAAGCACAACCUCCACAACCCACUCCAAUGGCAACCCAACUCCGAGACGAACCCGACUACGACAGCAGCUGUUCUUCCAUAACCGUGCCCGACUCCAGCCGCAGCAGCUGGCUAAGCAACCUCAGCCGGAGCUCCUCCGUCUCCGUCUGCUCCAGUGACGCCUUCCCCUCCACCUCCCACAAGCCUCACAAGGCCAACCAGGCCGCCUGGGAGACCAUUCGCCGCCUCCGCACCGAGCAAGGUGGCGGCGGGUGUGGAAGCAGCGGAGUGGGGCUACAUCACUUCCGCCUUCUCCGCCGCCUCGGCAGCGGCGACCUCGGCAACGUGUACCUCUGCCAAGUACGGGGUCCCACGGGGGUUUCGCCGCCAUGCCUGUACGCCAUGAAGGUGGUGGACAGGGAAGCUCUGGCCAUAAGGAACAAACUGCAGAGGGCUGAAAUGGAAAAGGAGAUUCUGGGCAUGCUUGAUCAUCCAUUCUUGCCCACUCUGUACGCCGAGUUCGAUGCUUCGCACUACUCCUGUUUGGUUACGGAGUUUUGCUCCGGCGGAGACCUCCACGCCACACGCCUCCGUCAGCCGGCCAAGCGCUUUAGCAUUUCCUCAGCCAAGUUCUAUGCUGCAGAGACUCUAUUAGCCAUAGAGUAUCUCCACAUGAUGGGUGUUGUUUACAGAGACCUAAAGCCAGAGAAUGUGCUGGUCAGAGAAGAUGGGCACAUCAUGCUUUCGGAUUUCGACCUUUCGUUCAAAUGCGUCGUCGUCCCGAAGCUUCUUCGAUUGAAACAACCCAACUCCGAAAGUACUCCCGGCAGUGCAAAGCGGGCGAAGAGCUCAACACCUUCGUGUGCAUCGCCCAUGCAGCCGGUCCUCUCUUGUUUCCUAUCCGAAAAUCACAAGAAGAAGAAGCACCAAAACCCCGAACUAGAACCAACCGAGGCAAAACCCUCCAAAGAAGAAGAAUCAAAAUACGUUCAUCACCGAGAAUUCGAUCCGGAGCUGGUGGCCGAGCCGAUUACAGCUCGGUCAAAGUCAUUCGUGGGGACGCAUGAGUACUUGGCACCGGAGGUGAUCACCGGGCAAGGCCACGGAAGUGCGGUGGACUGGUGGACCUUAGGGGUGUUUCUAUAUGAGCUAAUAUAUGGAAGAACACCAUUUAAGGGAGAAAGCAACGAGAAGACACUCAUAAACAUUUUGAAGCAGCCAUUGAGCUUUCCAAGAAUUGGUGUGAGCAACAGCAAAGAGUUUGAGGAAAUGGUGAAAGUGCAAGACCUCAUAAGGAAGCUUUUGGUGAAAAACCCUAAGAGGAGACUUGGGAGCCUCAAGGGUUCAGUGGAGAUCAAGAGGCAUGAGUUCUUCAAAGGUGUGAAUUGGGCUUUGAUUAGGUCAGUGAGGCCACCAGAGGUGCCUAAAGAUCUUCACAGAAAUAGAAGUAGAUCAGUUUACAUGCCAAAGCUAAGCAAGAAAGAGAGAGAUGCACCAUAUCAGAUCCCUAAUCACUUUGACUGUUUUUAAUUAAUUAAUUAACCAUGUAGCUCUGUAAAUAAAUAGA